AUGGCGUCUGAUUUCGGUAAUCCAUUGAAAAAGUUUAAGCUGGUCUUCUUGGGAGAGCAGAGUGUUGGAAAAACCUCUCUCAUCACUCGUUUUAUGUACGAUUCUUUCGAUAAUACAUAUCAAGCUACUAUUGGAAUUGAUUUCUUGAGUAAAACCAUGUACUUGGAAGACAGAACAGUUCGUCUCCAACUUUGGGACACUGCAGGUCAAGAACGUUUCCGUUCUUUGAUUCCAUCGUACAUUAGGGAUUCUACUGUUGCUGUUGUUGUUUAUGACAUAACAAAUUCCAAUUCGUUCCACCAAACGUCUAAGUGGAUUGAUGAUGUUCGUACUGAACGUGGAAGUGAUGUGAUUAUUAUGUUAGUUGGAAACAAAACAGAUUUAAGCGAUAAACGACAAGUGACCACUGAUGAAGGAGAACGAAAAGCCAAAGAGCUCAAUGUCAUGUUCAUCGAAACCUCAGCCAAGGCUGGAUACAACGUAAAACAACUUUUCCGUAGAAUUGCCGGAGCUUUACCUGGAAUCAUCAAGGAAGACGAACGUCACGAUAACACUACCAUUGUCAACAUGGAUCCUAUUAAGCAAAGACAGAUCCAAACCGAGGAAGGCUCCUGUUGGUGUUGA